AAUAUCAUAUUAAACCCUGAACUAUUCUCGCUUUAUCAAAAAUACCCUGGAAGUUUUGAAAUGCUCUCUAAACCCUCAAAGUAUUAAAGUUUUAUCAAAUAUAUCCUGCAUUUAUUUUCCGGUCACCAGAAAUAUGACGUGGCUCGCCGGAUGACACUGUGUAAUUUAAAUUUUAUUUUUUUUAAUCCAUGUCAUUUUAUAUUCUAUUUUUUAAGCCAUGUCAUCCUGCUCUCUGUCUCUCUCUGCAUUCUCUCCCCCUCUCUCUACCGUCCUCUCUCUACCGUCUCUCCCUGUCCAAAGCUCUCUCUUCUUACCUUCAAAAUUCCACCGCAAUCAAACACAUCCAAUCAAAGAUCCAACUGAAAAUCACAAAAUCAGAAGCCACCAUUUUUCCCAACUCAUGCUCAUCCCCUUUUCCUCAUCCAAACUACACUCAAUUUCACUUCUUCCCCAAAACGAAAUUCAAAAUUCUCACUCUAAACCCUAACUGACAUGGUGAAAUCACCUAAAAAGCAGCAGCAACCUUCAUUCUCAGCCACCGCUGCCGCUUUCGAGGUUGUUCGAGAAGCUUCAUCUUCCUCCUUCUGCAAAUACAAGGGCGUGCGCAAGCGUAAGUGGGGGAAAUACGUCUCCGAGAUCAGGCUCCCUAACUGCAGGGAGAGGAUCUGGCUCGGAUCCUACAACACGGCGAAAAAGGUGGCGCGUGCCUUCGACGCCGCCCUCUACUGCCGAGAUCCAGGUCGCCGCCGCCGAUUGACCAUGGCGGAGAAGGCGGCGCGUGCCUUCGGCGGAGAUCUGGGCAACGCCAAGUUCAAUUUCCCCGAUAAUCCGCCCAAGAUCGAGAUCCAGGUCGCCGCCGCUCGCUUUGCCCAUGCGUCCACCGGCGCCUAGACCUCGGGUCAGGUCGACGAUCUCGACUCCCAGUCGAACUCGCUCUCCUCGUCGGAGGCGCUGCAGCACGCUGAGUCGCCGUGCCCGUCGGUCUCCGGAAGGUUGCAGACGACGGCGGGGGUUCGCUGCUGCUCGCCGGAAGUCAAAGGAAGUAGAAUCGAGGGAGAGAAUCGUGGCCACAAUUUGGGGCCUAGGGUUUCAGGUGGCGCUGCUGCUUGAUAUACAAGCGGCGACGACUGAAAUUAUGGGCUCGCCUGCCACUGCAGUCGCCGAGAAUUGAGGGCGAGGCAACAGCGGCGGCCAGCCGCUGCUGUCAGCUGGACGUUUGAGAAGGCGGUGGCUGUGCGUAUGUAGGGUGAAAAAGGGAAGAUGGAGAUAGAUAGAGGGUGAGAGGUGAGAGUCGUGGGUGGCCGGAGAGGCGGCAACCUUCACCGGGGAGUGAGGAGGCGCCGCCGCCAGUCUGUGUCGGCAAGUGUGUGUGUAUGUUGUUGUGUUUGACUGUGUGUGUAUGUGUGUGUUUGUGGAAGAAGGAUAUUACUAAGAACAAAGAGAGAGAGAGACGGUAGAGAGGAGGAGAGGAA